AAGUGUCUUGACAGCGGAGUAGAAGGAGCUGCGACCCGCCUAUUGACCCACCCGUUUACGCUCCAUGGAUUCACCGUUAAAAUAUUGUUGUUUUAAGUUAACGGUUGGCUCGCGGCGUCGUUCACCGCGUCCUCGUGAGCUUUAACAGCUGUCCGAGAGCGACCCUGCGGCCGAGAGGUUCGCCUCCAACCUGUGAUUUCAUGCUCGGCGCUUUGCUGUGAUUGGGACAGAUUUAAAAACAGGCAGGAGGCUACGUUAGCAUCGGGAUACAUUUAGCCUGUCAGCUGGUUAGCAUAUCCUAACACUAUGGCGCUAGGUUAGCCGAGCGAGAGGCUGUUCCCCUUCCAAGCCUCGGCCGCAGUUACAUUGCUAGUUUUAAUAAAAGGCAGGACUUCAAAGAGAGAGCGCAUGUGUGCAACGCCGCGGGAGUCUCCGGUUAAGCUUUGACACAGCUGUCUAGCGACUUAGUCGGACUAGCUGAUGAGCUAGGCUGGCGUUAGCAUGGCGUCGGAUACAAGCGACAACGAAGAAUUCUACGAUGCUCCAGAGGACGUCAGCUUGACUCCAAAAGAGUCGCCUGCAAAGUUUGUCAUUCCUUCAGCUCAGGAGACACCAGAAGCUUCAGUGAAUGCUGUGGAAAACGUAAGCUGCGCCACGUCGGAAACUCAGCAGGAUGAUCCUCUGCAGAUCAUCGAUAGCAUCAUUGAGGAGAGUCAGAAGGGAUGUGCUGCUGAUGUCUGUGAGGUGGCUGAGCUGCUCGAUCAGCUCCAGGUCGAUGCGGGCUCAGAGCCCAAGGAGGAGCGGGACGCCGAGGAGGUUCCCAUGGAGACGACGGUCCUGGUUGUUGCGCCUGAACUGGUCGAGGGGUCGGAGGAGCAGCAGAGAAGCGGAACCCCAAACGGAGAGGUCCCUCUAGCCGAUCCCGAACCCCCGAACCCGCCGGGACCGUCGGCGGAGUCACAAGACCGAGUGCAGCCGCCGGACCUCACCAGCACCAUCGCCCACAGCCAGGCCGACGGCGCUGCUGUGGUGACGGAAGGCGAGACGGAGCAGAGACCGGCGGACAUCUUGGACCAGGUUCCCUUAACAGACAGGCCGGUUAAAGCGGACUCGCCGGGGCCUUUAAAGCCCCCCCGGCAAUUCACGGUGGAGCCCGACAUCGUCGCCAGCACAAAGAAGCCUCCGCCGACGCGGCCGCCGCCUCCCGGCGCCGCUCCCCCGCCGAGACCCCCGCCGCCGUCUUGCCGCAGCUUGCCAUCCAGGAUGUCUCAGGAAUGCGUGAGGCCAAGUGGACUGGGAGUGUCUGCGUUGAGCGCGGUGAGCUGCGACUCUCUGGAGCCCUCCGGCCUGAUGUCGCCUUCCAGCACAGUGAGGUGUCUCACUAAAGAUCUGCAGCAUUCCCUGGACCUGGCCAGCGCCACCAGCGGAGACAAGGUGGUGACGGCACAGGAAAAUGAGGAUGAACAGGCGUCAUCUCAGAGCGGAGGACAAACCCCCGGCCCUCAGCGUCCACGUUCCAACUCUGGCCGAGAGCUGACCGAUGAAGAAAUCCUGGCCAGCGUGAUGAUCAAGAACCUAGACACUGGAGAAGAGAUUCCCUUGAUUCAAGCGGAGGAGAAACUUCCUACAGGGAUCAACCCGCUAACGCUGCACAUCAUGAGGAGGACCAAGGAGUACAUAACUAAUGAUGCGGCUCAGUCGGACGACGACGAAAAGUCUCAGGCGCCGCUGUCCGACGUGGAUGGAGGAAAACUCAAGCAGAGAACGACCCAGUUAAAAAAAUUCCUGGGCAAGUCGGUGAAGAAAGCCAAGCACCUCGCCGAGGAAUACGGGGAGAAGGCGGUCAAUAAAGUGAAAAGUGUGCGCGAUGAAGUGUUCCACACGGAUCAGGACGAUCCUUCAUCCAGCGACGACGAGGGCAUGCCGUACACCAGGCCGGCCAAGUUCAAGGCAGCUCACAGCUUCAAGGGCCCCUUCGACUUUGACCAGAUUAAGGUUGUGCAGGACCUGAGCGGAGAGCACACGGGAGCGGUUUGGACGAUGAAGUUCUCUCACUGUGGGAGACUGCUGGCGACUGCGGGCCAGGAUAACAUCGUUCGCAUCUGGGUCCUCAAGAGUGCCUUCGACUACUUCAAUAAUAUGAGGUUGAAGUACAACACUGAAGGUCGGGUUUCUCCUUCUCCUUCUCAGGAAAGCUUGUGCUCGUCGAAAUCCGACACAGACCAAGGGGCAAGUUGUGCCCCGGAGGACCCAGACACAGAAGACAGAAAUGCUCCUUUCCGUCAGGUCCCCUUCUGCAAGUACAAGGGCCACACAGCUGAUCUGCUGGACCUGUCCUGGUCAAAGAACUUUUUCCUGCUCUCAUCUUCCAUGGAUAAAACGGUUCGAUUGUGGCACAUAUCCAGGCGAGAGUGCCUCUGCUGCUUCCAGCACAUCGACUUCGUCACAGCCAUCGCUUUCCACCCCAGAGACGACCGAUACUUUUUAAGCGGUUCCCUGGACGGCAAACUACGACUUUGGAACAUUCCAGACAAGAAGGUGGCUCUGUGGAACGAGGUGGACGGCCAGACGCGACUCAUCACCGCCGCCAACUUCUGCCAGAACGGGAAAUACGCGGUCAUCGGCACCUACGACGGACGCUGCAUCUUUUACGACACAGAGCGACUGAAAUACCACACUCAAAUUCACGUGAGAUCCACCAGAGGAAGGAACAAAGUAGGCCGGAAAAUUACGGGCAUCGAGCCUCUGCCUGGAGAGAACAAGAUUUUGGUUACCUCAAACGAUUCCCGCAUUCGCCUUUAUGACCUGCGGGACCUCUCUCUGUCCAUGAAGUACAAGGGCUACGUCAACAGCAGCAGCCAGAUUAAAGCCAGCUUCAGCCAUGACUACUCCUUUAUAGUCAGCGGCUCAGAGGAUAAAUACGUGUACAUCUGGAGCACUUACCAUGAUCUGAGCAAAUUCACAUCUGUACGACGAGACCGCAAUGACUUCUGGGAAGGAAUUAAAGCACACAACGCGGUGGUCACCUCAGCCAUAUUUGCGCCACAUCCAGAUCUCAUCGUUCCUCAAGAAACGUCGGCAGAGAAACCGGAGGCAGACCGCAAGAGCCUGGAUUCCACAGACUCGGAGACGAUACCAUCAGGGGCCCUGAAAACGGACCACACCGAGGUUCUGCUCUCUGCCGACUUCACCGGAGCGAUUAAGGUUUUCAUCAACGUCAAAAAGUACUGAGCACUUGACCUGUACUGAGCGGGCCUGGUCAGCUCUAAAGAUGGAGGACGGCGGUGAGGAGACGGCGUUCCUUUACCUGCCUGAUGGUUGUUUCCUCCGACAAUGUGUGGAGAAAGACUGUACAAAACGGGCAAGGCGAGGUUCCUUGUCAUAGUUCUAUUUUUUAUCUUUCAUACCAGAUAACUGAACGGUUUGGCACUCAGAUGUUGAAGCAGGAACUGAAUCUGCACCAACAUCUUACUAGCUGUAUGGCCAUUAUGAGCACCUUCCUUGGUUUUCACAUUUCAGACAAAGAUUUUCGUCCAAGAAAAGCAGAACACUUUCAGAUUCGAAUGUUUUCACAAAAGCACCGUCAUUGUUUUCCAGCUCUGGCUCCUGUUUUUUUUUUUUU